AUUGCUGUUUUUUUUUUUAUGUAUCUGCAAUGUAAUGCAAUUUAUUGAUUGUAUCUGAAUACCUGUAAAAUUGGAAGCUUAUUUUUGGAACCGGAACUUCGUACUUUUAUUUUGAAAACACUGUCGUUUAACUUCCGGUUGUCUUCCACAGGUUUGUGAUGCUAGCCGUUUCAUGCUAGGAAGGGACGUGUGCGCUUCUUUCUACUCAUAACCGCCUCAUUUGAACUUUCUCAAUGCGACAGACAUGUAGGUCGUCUGUCGUCUAAACACCGCCUGGGUUUGUUUUUGUCGGCUCAAUUGUGUCUCAAAAACCACCAGGCAUCACAUCAUUGUAACGUAAGCUACGUAACGGUUCGCGACGUCACACAACCAGCACAGGACCAGUCCCCACUAACUUAACAGUACGACGACGCUGCGAGACCAAAAGAAAUGCCAUCGAGAAAUCAUCUUGACAAAGUCGGUAGGAAGAAGAAGAAGAAAUGGACCGAGGAGGCCAUGGAACGUGCACUGAUCGAGGUGAAGUCAGGAAGGUGUACAGUGAGACAGGCUGCCAAAGAGUUUGGAGUCCCUAAAUCUUCACUGGGGGACAGAGUCAGUGGACGGGUGACACCAGGGAGUCGCAGCGGGCCAGCUCAACUUAUAACAUCUGCAGACGAGGAGCUGUUGGUGGAGUUCUCUAUAUACAUGUCCAAGCAUGGUUUCCCACUGACGAAGCAACAGCUGGUGUCCUUUGCCUCAUCCAUUUAUAAGCGGCAGCAUCGGAGGGUGGCAUUUUCUAAACUAGGCCAGACCUGGUGGCUCAAUUUCAGAAAACGCCAAGAAAAGAAUAUCACCAUUCAGCCAGCAGACAAUGCUGUCCGUGGAAGGACAACAUGUGUGAGAAAAGAAGCAGUGGAUCAGUUUUUACAUUUACUGAGUACGGUCAUGGACGCUCGAGGGCUCAGAGACAAGCCUCAUCAAAUCUUCAACUGCAAUGAGACAGGAUUUCAGCUGGGCAGGAAGAGAGUGAUUCUCCCCAAAUCUGCCAGUCUGGGCCACAAAGCAACGCCAGGAUCGAGGGACCACAUCUCCGUCCUGGCUUGCUUUAGCGCAGCUGGAGAGGAAAUUCACCCAUUUAUUAUCUACUCAAAGGCAUACCCAGGGGGAGUAUGUUACAAGACUCAAGGGCCUCCAAAUGCCCUCUAUGGAUGGUCAGACUCUGGUUAUAUCAACUCAGACCUUUUCAAGAAAUGGUUCCUCAAGCACUUCCUCCUUCACGCACCAAAGGAGCGUCCGCUGCUCCUGAUUUUCGAUGGUCACAAGUCUCCCAUAAACCUUGAGGUGGUGGAAACAGCUCGUAACGAGGACGUCAUCCUUCUGUGCCUUCCACCGCAUUGCUCUCACAUCCUGCAGCCACUCGACGCGGGUCUCUUUGUCCUCCUGAAGCAGCGGUUUGCAGCCCUCAUAGGUGAUGGUUGUGCUACUGAUACUCACUUUGCAGUUAGCAAGAAGGAGUUCUCAGGUGUAUUUAAAGGGACGUAUCAGGUAGCAAAGGAAGAGGAGGGUGUCAGUAUUGUGAAGGAAGGCUAUAGGAAAUGUGGCAUCUACCCGCUGAACCACUUUGCCAUCAACGAGGGUCAUUUAAUGCCAUUGCACAGCAUGUGCCCAGCAACUGGACCCUCCUUGUCCGCAUCGGCACAGGGAGUGCACAAUGAAGGAGACCUCACAGCAGCUGGAUCCUCCUUGUCCGCAUCGGCACAGGAAGUGCACAAUGAAGGAGACCUCACAGCUGCUGGAUCCUCCUCAUGACUCACGUGUACCUUUGAGGAAGGAGAGGGGCUGCAUAAUUUAACAAAACCUGUGUAGUUCUGUCAUUGGAAACACUGACUGGGGGUACACUCCAGAUUGAGGAUCGCGCACCAUGGGGGUCCCCAAGAUAAAUCUAAAGGAGUUAAACGUUUUCUCAUGGAAUGAGAAAGACACAAUUAGGUUUUAUUGUAUUUAAGAUCAAGGCCGUUUCUUCACGAGCCAAAAGAACUACUGCUGUACAACCAAUUAACGUAAGCUUUGUCAUUUUGUCUCGUCAUUGAUGGCCAGCCAGUUAGUCAAGCUUACUAAUAUUAAGCAGUAUGAAUACAUACAGUAAGUUAUGCUUCUAUUUUAGUGGAGUAUGCAGUGUAUUAGUCAGCGUGGUGAGUGCUGUGAGCUAGAUGGCUGACUGUUCUGAUCGAGGGGGUUUAAUUGCUUAAUGUGUAUUCAGCUAACAUAUUAAAGCAUGAGAACAUUCAUCUCAUUGUUCUUAACGUCUUAAAAGAACAGAUUUAAAUCUUUAAAAUCUGUCAAAUGUUAUCUUGUUUGAGACGUAUUUACAGGAAGUAGGCCAUUGUGGAAGCUUAAUAAGCUGUUGAGAUCUGGCAAUAUUGAUUAUUGUCCAGUAUCCAUGCGGAAAAAAGAUGUCCCCAUAAAAACGUGUUCCGAAGUGAUUUCCUCCUUCUGAUGUUCACGCUUGCUGCGAAACGGACAAAUACUGAUAGAAGGGAAUCGUGUCUUACGCAAUUCAUUUGUGAAUCAUAUUCUUUGAGUAUUCUGAAUGUACUUGGCCCAUUAAGUAGUUAUUUAAGUAAUGUACUGUCUAAUUAACGAACUAUUGAGGAAAGGUGGGCCCUUUUUUAUUUUGAGGAGGGGUGUCUCAGGUAAACUCAGGGAGAAAAUAAAUGUUUUUAAAAUUAUUUUUGCAUCACAAAUCUGUCCAUAAGCUUAACAGGUUACUAAAGGGGGGUUUUAGAUGUAAUCAUCGUCCUUGUGUCCAUGUUCUCCUAACCAUUAAACCUCUGUGUGUG